AUGGUUCCUUCAAUAUCAACAGAGGCUGCCUCAGCCCUCCGAACUUACAUCGACAAUGCCACAACCGGCACUUCACCUACCAUCCCAGGCGCAGUCCUGCACAUCCUCGACGCCAAAGCCAAUACUCUCUUCUCCCACGGCUCCAGUAAUUCCACCACUCCGAACGCCCAAUCCAUCAGCAUAAUCCAAUCCCUCACCAAACUCGUCGGCGCAAUCGCAUUCCUUCAACUCGUCGAGCGCGGCGUAAGCUCCCUCGACGACCCAUCCAUCAUCCCAACCCACCUCCCUGAACUUGCCGCCAAAAAAGUCCUCACUGGCUUCACCACCGACGCCAGCGGAACCAAAUCAUGGCACUUGGAAGACAGAGUCGGCCACAUAACGCCCCGCAUGUUAAUGAACCACACCUACGGCGGCGGUCACACAUACAUGGACACUCUCCUCUUCGAAUACUUCCAAUCCCAGCCCUCCAUCGACUGGCCCACCACAAACGAAGCCGCCGACACGUACGGCACACUCCUCGCUUCUCCCUUAUUAUACCAGCCCGGCACGAAAACCACCUACGGCCAGGGCCUGGACUGGCUCGCCGUGCUCAUCGAACGCCUCACACACACACGUCUAGCCCACCAUCUGCAAACCACCAUCUUCACCCCGCUAGGACUGGGGAGUAUGGGCUUCGAGCCCGCCUUUGGCGGCACAUCUCUCUCCCACCCCUCCAACGAGGGAAAAUUCUGGCCGCGCGUGCUGCGCUCGGGCGAUGCGUACACAGCCCUCGACCCGCCCCAUCCCCAGACCACCAUCCACCCCGACGCGUUUCCCACGGGGACGUACCACACGGCUCGCCUGGGUACAGGCCUCGUCUCCAGCGCGCACGACUACGCGCGCCUGCUAACCAUCCUGCUCCCGGAGAACGCGGGCGUAGACCUAGACCCCGUGAGUGCGCAUCGCGUACUCUCCCCUUCCUCCAUCCGUGAAAUCUCCACUCCGCAACUCUCAGAGCUGCUGAGACACGAUUCUCGUAACGUCAUGGCGUCGGGGGGCGGAUAG